GCUCUAGGGCUCAGGGCUUCCCAUUAACCGCCUGCCGUGUUUUGGCGGCGCUCACGUUGGUCUCCGUCCCACUUCGCGUUCGUUCACCUGUGCCCCUGACACCUGUACCUAGCUUGGUCGGAACACAAGCAGAGGAAAGAUUAGAGAAUGGGCACUGUCCAACUCAAGGAGGCGGCGCAGCCUGUCAGGAAGGACAUUGUUUUCUCCAGAAACGCGCCAUGAGAGGAACUUGAGGGCCCUUCACAGCGUCCUCAACAGGCCUUACAGGAAGGCCAGAAGAAGAAAGCCUUUUCUCAUGCAGACCAGUGAUAGCGGUUCAACAAAGCAAGUAUAUAAUAUCCAUGUGGAAUUAAGCUGGUCCAGAGUAAUGAUGUGGGUGUGCUGGUUGGUGAGACAGGACAAUCGGCACCAGCGAAUCAAACUUCCACAUUUGGAAGCAGUCAUGGUUGGGCGCGGCCCCGAGACCAAGAUCACUGACAAGAAAUGUUCUCGGCAGCAAGUACAGUUGAAAGCAGAGUGUAACAAAGGAUAUGUCAAGGUAAAGCAGGUAGGGGUCAAUCCCACCAGCGUUGACUCACUCAUAAUUGGGAAAGACAAAGAGGUGAAGCUGCAGCCUGGCCAGGUCCUCCACCUGGUGAAUGAACUUUAUCCAUAUAUCAUAGAGUUUGAGGAAGAGACAAAGAACCCUGGCCUGGAAACACACAGGAAGAGAAAGAGGUCAGGCAACAGUGAUUCUGUAGAAAGGGAUGCUGCCCCGGAAGCUGAGCCCAGUACAAGACUAGAACCUGGGAACAACCCUAGCCAGUGCUCUGUGCCCCCAAAGAAGGAGAAAGAUGCAUCCACCAAAAAGGAAUCAGUGGGCCACUGGAGUCAAGGCUUGAAGAUUUCAAUGGAGGACCCCAAAAUGCAGGUUUACAAAGAUGAGCAGGUGGUGGUGAUUAAGGAUAAAUACCCCAAGGCUCGUCACCACUGGCUGGUCUUACCAUGGGCCUCCAUUUCCAGUCUGAAGGCUGUGACCGGAGAACACCUUGAGCUCCUCAGACACAUGCACACUGUGGGGGAAAAAGUGAUUGCAGACUUUGCUGGGUCUAGUAAACUCCGCUUCCGAUUGGGCUACCAUGCCAUUCCCAGCAUGAGCCAUGUACACCUUCAUGUGAUCAGCCAGGAUUUUGAUUCUCCUUGCCUUAAAAACAAAAAACACUGGAAUUCUUUCAAUACGGAAUACUUCCUUGAAUCACAAGCUGUGAUUGAGAUGGUACAAGAGGCUGGCAGAGUGACUGUCCAAGAUGGGAUGUGUGAGCUCUUGAAGCUGCCCCUCUGUUGUCAUGAGUGCCAGCAGCUGCUGCCUUCCAUUCCUCAGCUGAAAGCGCAUCUCAGGAAGCACUGGCCAAAGUGAUUCUGUGGAGCCUGAACUUCUGCAGCAGUCCUCGAUAGAUGGAAAGACAUCCUGCAAGGCCAAAUUCCAAGCCUUUAACAGGUUCAGUUGGGCCUGAGAAUGACACAGAUGAAGGUAAUUCAUGUUCUGGAUGAUUUCCCUAUCACUAGAUUUAGAAGACUAGAUUUUCUCUGUUUGCCUACAACCUCAUUCUCUGUUUCUUUCACAGAGAUAUCAACUACAUUUUGUUCAAAAUUGUUGUACACAGCAACUUCCUAUUUGUAUUUACAAAUGUCUUUUAGCAGCCAUUGAAGUCCCAUGAUUUCCCUUGUGUUACGUUGAUGUGGCAUGUUAUAUUAGGUUUCCAAAUAUUGAACCAUCCUUGAGUUCUGGGGAUGAACCCUCUUGGUUCCUGAGGGCUACUUUUUCAGUGUUGACUUGGACUCCAGGAAACAUUUUUGAUGGGGUGGGAAUGGGAGAUAACGUGUUUAUAGGUUAGUUCAUGUGUGAGUGCUUUGUGGCCUGGAAGCCAGACUUCAGACAAAGAUCAGGAGAAGUGGAGGAGCAAAUAGGACCUAAAAAUGAGGAGGAGAAUGGUCAGGACUUUGGCUUCAGAUAUCCUUUGUGGUAGAGAAUUCAAGUAAUGAAAGAAGUGGAGAGGCAACAAAAAGAAGUCAGAGGAGCUAAACCAAACUACAUAGUGAAAAGGGAGGACGAGAAAGAAGAUACAGGAGGUGAACAUU